UGUCAACGCGUCAGCGAGGAGCGAUUGCAGUUUCGCCACCGUUUUGGGAAAUUUUGUUUUGCUUCUGUGAAAAAUUGUUCUUUCUCCCGAAUUUCGAUUGAAUUUUCGAGAUAGAGUCAGUUUAUUAGUUCACCGAUACACUGCCGAGAAAAACUACGACUGUAUCCAAAUGGGAGUACCAGCAUUUUUCCGCUGGUUAUCGCGGAAAUAUCCGUCGGUCAUUGUCGAAUGCGUGGAGCAAAAGGGCCAGGAUGGCGAGGGUAACGUGUUCUACGACGACAUGACCAAACCAAACCCCAAUAAGGUAGAAUUCGACAACCUAUAUCUGGACAUGAACGGUAUUAUCCAUCCAUGCACGCAUCCGGAGGACAAACCGGCUCCGAAGAACGAGGACGAAAUGAUGAUAGCUAUCUUCGAAUGCAUUGACCGGCUGAUGAAUAUUGUCCGUCCGAGAAAGCUCCUGUACAUGGCCAUUGACGGUGUUGCGCCAAGGGCAAAAAUGAACCAACAACGAUCGCGACGUUUUCGAGCCUCUAAAGAAUCGGCCGAAAAGGCUGCAGAAAUAAUAAGAAUUCGACAAGAACUGGCUUCAAAGGGCUGCAUACUUCCCCCGGAGAAGGAGAAGGGAGCACAUUUCGAUUCCAACUGCAUCACCCCCGGGACACCUUUCAUGGACCGUCUGAGCAAGUGUUUGCAGUAUUUCGUCCAUGAUCGAAUGAAUAACAAUCCAGGAUGGAAGGGACUAAAGGUUAUUCUGUCAGACGCAAACGUUCCCGGAGAGGGAGAACACAAAAUUAUGGACUAUAUUAGGAAGCAGAGAGCUCAACCAGAUCACGAUCCCAACACGCAUCACGUCCUUUGUGGUGCUGAUGCCGAUUUGAUUAUGUUGGGUCUAGCAACGCACGAGACACACUUCACUAUCAUCCGAGAGGAGUUCUUACCAAACCAAGAGCGGCCCUGCGAUAUUUGUCAACAGAUGGGACACGAGAUGAAAAACUGCGUUGGGUUGCAAUCUGAACGAGAUUUAAAUAGAACUCCGCCUCCCCCAGGAAAAGAAACUCAGUUUAUUUUCGUAAGGUUAAACGUGUUAAAGGAAUAUCUACAAAAGGAACUCGAGAUGCCGAAUCUUCCGUUUCCUUAUGACUUUGAGCGUGUAGUUGAUGAUUGGGUGUUUAUGUGUUUUUUCGUUGGAAACGAUUUCUUGCCGCAUCUUCCUAGUUUGGAAAUCCGGGAGGACGCCAUCGAUCGUCUGGUCACGCUAUACAAAAAGUGUGUAUACAAGACUAAGGGCUACAUGACGGAUUCCGGGAGCGUCACAGUGGAUCGGGUCGAGUUGAUUAUGACCGAUCUGGGUUAUGCGGAGGAUGAAAUUUUCCGUAACCGCAAAGUAACUGAAGAUCGUUUUAAAGAACGCAACAAACGAAUGAAAAUGCAAAAGGAGCGUGAGCAGAGGCCCUGUUUUGAUCAGAUGAAGAAUUCUCAAUUUGCCCCGACGCCACUUGGAAGGGGCAUCACUCCACAGGCAAUUGUAAAUCCACGCCAAGAAGCGGCUAAUUUUCGAAUGCAAGGAAAUAGGCAGCAACAACAGCAGCAAAAUGAUACCAACAACGAUCAAAAUCGUCGAGGACAAAAACGCAAAGCUGAAGAGCCCAUUAGCCACAACACCGCCGACGAGGAAGCGGAAGCCCCCGAUGAGGUUCGGCUCUGGGAGGAUGGUUUUAAAGACCGAUACUACGAGUCUAAAUUCGACGUCAUGCCCAACAAUAUAAAGUUCCGGGAAACCGUUGCUUGGGAAUACGUUCGUGGAUUGUGUUGGGUACUUAAGUACUACUAUCAGGGCUGUGCCAGCUGGGAAUGGUACUUUCCCUAUCACUAUGCCCCGUUUGCAUCGGAUUUCAAGGGACUUUCUAAUGUCAAUACCCACUUCGAUCUCGGUACACCAUUCAAGCCACUGCAGCAACUGAUGGGAGUAUUUCCUGCAGCCAGCAGAAGUCACGUUCCGGCUCCGUUCGCAGAGCUGAUGGUUGAUCCAAGGUCACCGAUUAUUGAUUUUUAUCCGAUCGAUUUUCAUAUCGAUUUGAACGGUAAAAAGUUUGCCUGGCAGGGAGUUGCACUGCUGCCAUUUGUGGACGAGAAACGAUUAUUCAAGGCAACCGAUCCAAGAGUACCGCAGCUGACGCAGGAGGAACGGUUACGAAACGAGAACGGCCUCGCCCGAUUAUACUUGUCACCGGGACCCGAGACAUACCGAAUGGUUAAAAAUCUGUACAACGGCAACGUUGACUUUGAGCGCGAGGUUCCCAUUCUGGUAGACAGUAUGCAGUGUAAUAUUAUUCCUACCAAGGAGAACGUCCCCCUGGAUGGCGUAAUGCCUUCACCUAUACCGGACCUUCAUCCAGUCUGCGAAAACAAGGUAGUGACGGUUAAAUUUCUCGAUCCGAAAUAUGCUGCUGGUUUCGUGUUUCCAUCUCGGAAAUUGGAAGGUGCUCGCGAUCAGCCUAAGGUGUUGAGAGCAGAUGAGGGACCUGUAGUCGGAUUCGGCCAACGGAAAAAUCGGGGUGGUUUAGGAAGUGCUGGCCAUCGAAUGUUGAACCACUAUACUGGAACCGGUAUGAACCAGAGAGGCGGAAACAACAAUUUCUCCAGGGGGGAUGCUUUGAAACGCCAGCAGUAG